AUGUUCCAAUUUAUCAAAGACUCAUUUGAAUAAGUGGCAUCUAAAGUUAAAUAGAGUGGAAUCCCUUCCAAUUCUGUUAAAGUCAAUUUAAGUCAAUUUGAAGAUCAGUAAUCGUCCUUUUAAACUGCUAUAUAUCAGAAGUAUUUGAGAUAAAAGCUAAUCAAUAAAUUGAAUUAAGUAAGACUUUAAACAUUAUGAAUAAUUUAGUUUGUUGGCAAAAAAGUACUUGUAAUUGAUCCAUUUAUUGCAGAUAUGCUUAAUUUGGUUGUUGAAUCUAUGUAGAUUUUGAAAGAAAAUGGUGUUGAUUAAAUCUAUUAUAUUGAUUCUGAUUAAUUAGAAGUAGAAGCUAAUUAGAUUAUAUUUUUUGUAAAUCCUGAUAGACAAUAUAUGAAAAGAAUAGUAAGAAUCAUUAGGAACAAUUAACUUGCAAAUUUUAAUAAAAAAUACUUAUUAAUAUUCUGUCCUAGAAUGAAUAUUGUAUGCAAAGAUUAUUUAGAAAAAGAAGCUGUUUUGGGUGAUUUAAUCAUAACAAAUUUUAAUUUUGAUUUAAUACCAUUAGCUAAUGAUUUGCUCUCUUUAGAAAUGAAUAAUUGUCUUAGACCAUUAUAUAUUGGAUAAGAUAUGUCAAUUUUAUAAACUGUAGCAGAGUCUAUAUAAAGGAUGGAACUAGUACAUGGUAAAUUUAAGAAUAUUUAUGCUAAGGGAAAUUACUCUAAAUUUGUCAUUGAUAUACUCAAAUAAAAAAAGCAAUAAGGUGAAUUAAUUGAAGAUGAAAUUAGUUUUAAGGAAUCUAAAAUGCAUACACUAUUGAUCAUUGAUAGAAAGGUAGAUUUUAUCACUCCUAUGCUUACUCCAUUUACAUAUGAGGCUUUGAUUGAUGAAGUGUUUUCUAUUAAACACAAUUCAAUUAAUCUAGAUAUUAUUAAAAAUGAAUCAGCUUUAAAAGAUAGACCUAAAACAAUGAAACUCAAUGAUUCUUAUUACAAUAGAAUCAAAAUUAUGAAUAUAAAGCAUUGUUAGAGGAUACUUGAAGAGAAGAGAUAAAAUAACAAAUAGAUGAUUUAAUCCAUGAAAUAAUAAGAUAAUAAAAUGAAUAUGAGUGAAAUCAAUUAAUAUCUUACCAAAUUAAGAUAGAUACCAAAAGAACAAAACAUUAUUCUUGACCGUAAUAAUUUACACUAUUACAGAUCUUAUUGUUAGUUAACAUUUAAGUAAAUAGUUAGAAUCCAUUUUAUUUAAUAUGUGCGUUAAUUAAGAAGUUCAUGCUAUACUUUAAACUAAGUCAUCAUAAGUUGAAUAAAUGAUAGAAAAUCUUAUUUCUUUUGGUGCCCCAAUCACUAAAGUUAUUCGAUUGUUUAGUCUAUACAAUUAAAUCUAAAAUGGAAUGAAGACCAAACUCUAUGAUUUUUAUCGUAGAGAAAUUUUGCAUAUGUAUGGUAUAGAGCACAUUUUAACACUUGAAAAUUGUGAAAAAAUAGGUUUAAUUGGAAAAAAAUUAAAUGAUACUCAUAUCUGGGAAAAAAUUGAAAAACCUUUGCGUCUGAUUAAUGAAGAUGUUGAUCAUGAUGCUCCAGAGGAUAUAUCAUAUGUUUUUUUAGCAUAUGCACCAAUAAUGUAUUUUUUACUUAUUAAUGAGAGUUCGAAUUUUUGAAGAAUUAAUCAUUAAAAACACUUGGGGACCAUUGGUUUUACAAGCAUUAAAAGAAUUACCUGGUGAACUAGUUAUGCAAUAAAAUUUAAAUUAACUUAAAGGAGAAGAAAUAAAAGAAGAACAAAAUUAAAUUUAUGUUAUUUACAUAGUAGGAGGUAUCACAUAUGGUGAAAUAGCAGCAAUUCGUUGGUUAGGAUUGCGUUACAGUAAUUAAAUUAUAUAUAUAUUACUUAGAAAAAGAUAUACAAAUUUGUACAACACAUAUAAUCAAUGGAGAUAGAUUAGUUUAAGAGAUGAUAUAAAAUUAAUGA